AUGGUAACCAGCAUGAAUUUGAAGUUGAAAAAUAUACUUCCGUUGACUUUAGUGUUGCUGAACCUUUGCGUUACCCAGACAAUAGUUAACGGGUUGCUUAUUACCAGUAAUACUUUUCUGAAAGGAGACCAUGUGUUUAAUGGCACUGUUACAGUCGAGAAAGGCGCGACUCUUAAUUUAGAGGGGGGAACCUACCAUUUUGACGGUGACCUUAAUGUUCAUGGUACGCUGAAUGCCAACUAUACUUAUUUUUCAUUGAACCAAUUUUCUUCCGUUAAUAUCACAGGAUUAGUCGAACUGUAUGCCUCGGGCAUCGACACAAUUAUAAUUGUGAAAACGUUUUAUAACUCUGGGUACUUGUACUUGGAAAGUACAACGGAGCUAGAUCGUAUUGUCCAAUUUGAGGUUUCAGCUUCAAAUGAGUUUGUUAAUGAUGGAUCAAUUUAUUUAGGACGCAAAACUACGGAGUUUUUGUUAGGUCUAAGCAUCGGGGCUCAAAAUGGUAUUCAAGCCCCAUUUACAAACAAUGGACUGGUGAAUGUAUGUGGAUUCAACAAGGUAAUCAAUGGAACCGAUCUAUACGUAGAAAAUGCUAGACAAUUAGCUUUUUACACAAAUGUUGAGGGAUCUGGAACAAUGAAAGUUAAAAAUGCGGUUUUUGGCAUUGGGCAAGUACAAUUUUCAAGUAAGCAGAACAUUGUAUUGGAUAGUUCUGCUUUACUUCCUAUGAACGUUAAUCUAAGUAUUGCAGUACAUGGGCUAAGCAGCUCGUUGAUUAUUAUGGGUGCUGAUAUUCUCUUGAAGAUUUGA